AUGUCUUGUGUAAUUGACGGUUGCCAUUCACAUUCGGGAAGAAAAGAAAACAGUGGUGAAAAAAUUCACUUUCAUUCAUUCCCAAAGAAUGAAAAUAUCAAAGAAGAGUGGAUAAGACGAGUCGGGAGACCCGACUGGAAGUGGAAGACCCACAGCAGGAUCUGUUCCAAGCACUUCUCCCCCGACAAUUAUUUGCACAAUGAAUAUUCUACUAAAAGGCGGUUAAAAUUUGAUGCUGUGCCUUUAAUUAAUUUGUCCGAAGCUGAUUCAAUGAGUUCAGAACGACGACAUAUUCACAGUAUUCCACCUGCUGUACAAGGACAAGGAAUUAGUACGACUUCUGAGCAUGGACACGUUCAAUGUAUUUCAUCUGCUGUAAUCCCUUUCGAUUACAGCAGAAGAAAGAGCUCUUUAGCUCUUCAAGAAUUAGAAGGACAAGAAAACAGAAAACCACAAAUGGAAAUUAACACUGCGAUAGUGUCAACAAUAAAACGAAAAUGUUCGUAUUCAGAAUGUGGCACAUCUUUUGGUAGAGAUGAAGCAUCAGCUGAAAAAAAGAUUAAAUUAUUAGAGAAACAAGUACAAGUUUUAAAAAAUGUUUUGAAUCGCCGUUUGCGUAAAAUAAACACAUUAACAAAACGACUUAGUCGACUUUCAAAAAAAAAUGAAGACCUUUACACAAUCGUGAUAGAAAAAUUGGGACAAGAAAAUAUCGAAACCUAG